CCGGUGGUCGCCAUUCUUUUAACUGCCGAGCCUGCAGCAGCGUGGUUGUUCUGGUGUGUGGUCCAGGGCUCCCGCGGUGCAGGGCUCACAGGAAACCCGGCAGAGUCAGGUGCUCAAAUCCACCUUGCCUUUCCAAGUUCAAAUCUGGUUUAAACUCACCGGGAAGAGUGUGUGCCUGUCUGACUUGGUUCUUCACCAUGGCUUCUCACAAGACCUUCAGGAUCAAGCGAUUCCUGGCCAAGAAACAAAAGCAAAAUCGUCCCAUUCCACAAUGGAUUCAGAUGAAAACUGGCAAUAAAAUCAUGUACAACUCCAAGCGGAGACACUGGAGACGAACCAAAUUGGGUCUAUAAGGAACCACAUGUACUUAUGCUGUAACUUACUGUAGCGUUUACAACAUUACCAUUGUCUGGACAGCUGAUUGUGUUUAUUAGGAAUAUAAGUUUUCUUUCUGUGCUUUAGUAAGUUGAUUCAGCAGUUCAGUAAUAAAUAUGUGAAACCUUUUGUUUAGAAAAAAAUUGCUUGUGUGUUACAACUUACUUUGUUUUGUGGUUCAGGAACAUCUGCAUAAUAAACAAGUAUUCUAUCAGUGA